AUGGCACAGACUAGGGAAGAAGCAGGAGACAGCAGAUUGAUGUCUGGUAGGGAGAUAUCACGCAUCAUAAGAGUGUCUGUCAAGACUCCACAGGACUUCCAGGAAUUUAUGUUGUCAAAAAAUAGCAGUGUCCGCCAUUUUAAGAAGCAGAUCUCCAAACGUCUUCACUGUGACACUGAUCGACUGGUGCUUAUCUUCACUGGAAAGAUCCUCCGGGAUCAAGAUACUCUGAGUCAGCGUGGUAUCCUUGAUGGCGAUACAGUCCAUUUGGUGGUAAGGAAUCGCCUGAAGGGAACUCUGUCCAACUCUGGAAGUCAUCCAGGUCCCACAUGCCCCUGCACACAAAUCACCAAAUCAUCUACUUCAGAGAGUUUCCGUAUGGCAGCCAAACUGAGCCGUCUGGUGAGAAACUCAUCUGAUUUGGCUAACUUUCUUGCUCAGUUGGCUCAACUGCUGAUGGCUCCACCCGAGUCUGUGCUGCAGUUCUUGGAAGACCCUCUGGUUCAAGGUCUGACACAGGAGAAGUCAGCUAAUACUAGCCAUGUUCCUGAAUCCUCAAGACCAUUUCAGAAAUCUGAGCCAGCUCUUAAGGCUCCAGAGACCUUGCAGAUCCCAGCCCGGAAGCCAGAGCUCCUACCAACAGCUAAGGCAGAAUUAGAGACCCUGAAGGCAGCACCAGGUGGUGACAAUGUAUUACCUCAGGUCGGCUCUGAAGUGCAGCAACUCAUGCUCUGCACCUUGGCUCCCUUGGUUUCCUGCAAAAGCCACAGCUUAGGUUCAGAGCAUUGCAGAGAGGUAGCCAAUACUCACAUCAGCAAUACUGAUGCCACUGCCACAAACCCUGCUGCCCUUGCACCUGUGAGGUUAUUGAUGCAAGAUAUCAGGGCAGGAAAAUCUGCUCGUGCCAAAAGCAUGGCUUCAAAUCAAACCAACUCAGAGAGCAAGAAUGGUAUGCUGGACUACCAUUCUGCUCAGAAUCCUCCCUCUCAAGAAAACCAGCAGCCCAAAGGAAAAGCUAAUCCAGCCAAUCAGCUGAAACCUUCGCCCUCUGAUUUGCGCAAAGCUUUGCAUAUUCUACAGCAGAAUCCAGAUUUGCUACAUCAGCUGACAGUGGGCAGCUCCCUGAGACAUCAUAUACCACUUCUUCCCAUCCUCACCAACCCACGAGCACUGCAAGCAUUAAUACAAAUAGAAAAGGGUCUGCAAACACUGUCUAGGGAAGUGCCUGGGCUGGGACCUUGUUUGUGGAGCACAGGUAGACCACAUGGAGCUAGAGAAGUCCCUGAAACUAGAGGUGGAGGACAGGAUUAUAGAGCAGAAAACCCUGUACAACCAACUAUGGCCAUUCUAAAGCUUCUCCGUGCAUUAGCCAAUGCCUGCUCCCAGCCUACCCAAUCCUCACCUUCCUCAUUUCCCCUCACAGAAGGUCUCUACCAGCAAGAUUUGGAGCAUCUGAAGGCUAUGGGUUUUGUAAAUCAUGACACCAACCUUCAGGCCCUGAUAGCCACAAGUGAAGAUAUUCAUGCUGCUAUUGAGAGGCUACUGGGGACACCAGAACUCUAG